GACGAUGAGUACUCCUCGACCUCCUGGGAAGAUAAUGACAAGGAUGAAAAGCUCCUCUCCAGGAGGAGAAGCUCCACAAGAAGUGUGGCUUCACGGUCUGGAUUUUAUCAGACUCGGCCCAAGACUUCACCCUGCUUGCUGGAGCCCUCACCAGAGAACAGCGGCCCCAGCCCGUCCAGCCCGGACACCAGCAAGCAGAGGAGAUCCAUGGUGUUAUUUAACAACAUGAAGAACGAGCUGGAAGCAGCCAGGAGGAAGUUGGCUGCCUUGGUGCAUCCUUUGAACAGAGCUGCCUCGGGGAGCAGGGGGAUCUCAGUGCCACGGCUGCUCCCACAGUGUCCCAGCACCAGCCGCAGCCUUGAGAAUGGGCCAGGCCCAGAUGUGUCCGAGCUGGGGACACUGGUGCCAACUCCUCCAGCCACAGCUCCACCGAUGCCCCCCAUCAAGAGGCAUAAGCCCGCGGUGCCGUCCCUCAGCCCCUACAGCUGCCUUCCCCCUGCCUGCACACCUGGGAGACCGCUCAGCUCCCUCAGAUCCCAGCCAGAUUCAGCAGCUGACCUGCUCUCAGCACUGAGCCAAGAGGAGCGAGACCUCAUCGAGCCUGUCAUAGCGUUGGGCUACCCCACGCACAAAGCCAUCCUCACCCUCCAGAAGACAGGAAAGCAGAGCUUAAGUCAGUUCCUGAGCUACCUGGGUGCCUGUGACCGGCUGCUGAAGCAGGGCUACGAGGAAGGGCAGGUGGAGGAGGCCAUGGAAAUGUUCCAGUACUCCGAGAAAAAGGCAGCUGAAUUCUUGCGUCUGUUGGCUCAGUUUAACGAUAUGGGCUUCCAGCAAAACGAAAUCAAAGAAGUUCUUUUGCUUUGUGGGAAUCAGAGGGAGAGAGCACUGGAAGAGCUUGUGAUGAAAACCCACUGA